CAGCCGUCCGAGCGCAUUUGCCAUCCAUGUCUCUUUAGAAAAAAAAGGUUUCAUUGCUGCGCUUGCGUGGACAGUGGAUUGUAACGGCGGAUAUGAAGACAGACUGCAUUUGAAGUUGUCGUCGAAGCAAGAUGCGGUGACAUGUUGAAGGUGUUGUGACUUAGAACUCAGUGAUCGUGAAUAUUGGUGAUUAGUGAAGGGACACUUUUGGAACUCUGUGAAGUGAUACUUUGAAACAAGAUGUUUUUCUUAAAGGUAGCCACCAUUUUCCUCGCUGUCCUCGCCGUGGGAGCUGAGAAGAAAAUCGAGUUGCAAGACAUUGAAGAAGAUAAUUUGAGGAGUGAACUUAGAUCUGAUCAAGAAAAAGAAUAUGACAAAUCUGAUCCACAACAUUCUGGACCCGCAACUGGACCAGAAUUCAAUUCCUUAGACUUUAUGAAGAGCGGUCUCUUAAAAUUAUUUCAAAAUACACAGCCUAAACCACCUGAGCCACCUCAGCCACAACGGUACGUUCACCAAUACGCUGUGACGGAGCAGCCAGAGCGACACGCGCCGGCUGGAGGUAAAGCACACCUCGCAUCAGGGGCUGCACAGCACGCCAUGGUUGGAUACCUGUCAAACAUGCCUAUGCAGAUAUAUCUAGUCCCUCAGUAUGAUCAAAAUCAACACUCAAACUCUCACCAAGCAGUUUACCAACCACCUAGCGCACCUGCUACAGCUAGCAACUAUAUCCCGGUACAGAAUUACUUGGGGCCCAGAGGGAAGCCGGUUGAAUUCCUUCCACCUCAGCAGCCUGUAACGUAUGUGUAUCAUCCUACACCGACCGCUCACCCAACUCUGCCUACUGUAACGCCAGUCAUCACCUACCAGUUGCCUGUUUAUAAUGUCAACCCCAGACUACAUGUACCAGGAAGCCCUAAGCCUUAUUACUCAAAUCCAGAAUAUACUGAUACGAACGCCGUCGACGAGCUUUCAGAACAAGAGCCAAAACGGUACAGUACUCAAACUGAAAUACCUUAUAUACCUACACUUUCUGAAUUCCCACGUCACUAUAAUUCUCGUGCGCCUAUAAGAGAGCAGUUUAGACAUCCUGGGGUACCUGAACUUCCUCGUCCUAAUCCGUUAUUGUAUAACGCUCCUCCGCCACAUCUCUCGAAUAUACCGCGUACAUUACCGGUACUGCACAGACCUUUGCCAAAGCCAGAGUACCAAGACGGCGAAUUACUUUAUAAUACGUUACAUCCACGACCUAGCAAUAACCCUCCUUUCAAAAGACGUCCUGCAUCUUUGCUCGACUCUUACAUUCCAUCCAAACUUCAGGUUGAAUAUCUAAAAAGAGGUUUAGCUAAGGACCCUUCAGCUUUGUUUGAUGCAUUGAGUCUUGGUCGAUUACCCCAUACGAUCCCACGACAUGUCGAACGAGGUUUUCUUCCGAAUCAGAUGUACUCCACAGCAGCUGGUGGCGUCACCUUUGGACACUAUAAAAGGAAUCCAAAAGUAGAGAAAUUCCCACAUAAAUGACCUUAUGACUGAUGCACUACUACCUACAUGUCGCUUUAACGUAAUUUAAUUAAAAAGAUGAAGUAGGGUUCAUGUUUUUGAAUUGGAGUAACAAAAUCUUCCCAUGGUAAUGUACAAUAAUAAAUGUGACUGUAUAAUAUUAGGAUUUAAGUAUUUCAUACAUAUUUGAUAAGUUAUGUAAACAACGUGAAAUCAAGGUGUAUUGUAUCGUUUCAAUUUACUAAUUUGAGUGGUCAGUAUUUCGUCAUUUCGAAUGUAUUGUUAUUUAUAA